UGCCUCUCACUCCGUCCUCAGGUUCGUCGCCUUGCAACGCACUCGACUCCCCAGACCCGUCUGCGCCGCCUAGUCGUAAAAGACAGCGAAGUCAGUCGAUGCAGUCCGAUUCCGGUGCAUCUACCUCUUCUGUAAAGCGGUCCGUAGCCGAUAGUAACUCCAACGAUAUUUCUGUUCGGAGCCCACGCACCGAUCACCCGUCUCCUCUGAGUCUGGCUAGCGAUUCCAAUCAAGAUAUUGACACCUACAUGGCAGAACAAGGCGAGGCAGACAUACCGACUUUUCUCUCUCCGCCACCAUCCCAACCUCCUUCGUCAAUGGAAUCAGUUCGGCGUGAGGAGAAGUUCAGCAUUGUCGACAAGGGGAAGGGUAGGAAGAUGGAGAUCGGCGAGACGUGGUAUCUGGUCUCCAGAGUUUGGUACAAGCGGUGGUCAAAGGCUUGCACCGGCGAAGUAGACAAGGAAGGGCCCAUCACUGAACAAGAUUUGGGUGCCGUGGACAAUUCCGCUCUUCUGGAUUCGUAUGGCAAUCUGCGGUCGCCUCUCGCUGAGGGCGUGGAUGUCGAGUACGUCCCAGAAGAGAUUUGGAUCUUGCUCAUGCAAUGGUAUGGAACGCCGUCCUAUCCGUUGCCCCGACCCGUUAUCGCGCGGGGCCAUGCAAAACUUCCUGCAAUAGAGUUGUUGCCACUUCGGCUCAAAGUCUUCCGACUUGUCAAAUCCUCCCAAGAUCAUGCUAACACGCCACCUGCAUUGAUCACUAUAUCUGCAGGAGAGACGAUGGGGACACUCUGCUCGAAGCUUUCGGAGGCUGUGUCAUUGGACAAGCAAAACACUCCUUACCGUGUCUGGAAGGUGGGCAUCGCCGUAGACGAGUCGGCCUCGGUCGAAUUUUUGUCGUCUCAGCUCCCGAUGGCGGAUGCGAAGAUAGUGGAAGAGAGUAGCAAGACACUUGAAGAAGAGGGUAUGGAGUCAGAGGACGCGUUCGUUGUCGAAUUUAAGCAAUCAGAUGGUUGGAUUGUUGAAGCACCGAAAACGAUCCAGCUCCUACCAGCUACUGAGACUCCACGACCUCUCUUUAACUCGAGCGACAACUUCUUCAACCGAAUGGCAACUACCCAUAGCUCUUCGACGUCAACCACUUUGUUCAAACCAUCUGGCCUGUACAAUGGCUUUUCCAGCGCGAGUUCGAAGACUCCGUCGACUGCUGUUACAUUGGCAAGCAACAGCAAGAGCAUGGCGAAGACACUUGAACCAGGAAUUCUAGGUCUCGGAAACAUGGGAAACACUUGCUUCAUGAAUUCUGCUCUUCAAUGUCUGGCACACACCAAAGAAUUGACGAAUUAUUUCCUGAGCGAGGUAUAUGUAGACGAGUUGAACAGAGAUAACCCACUCGGUAUGGGCGGUGCAAUUGCAGAAGCUUUCGGCUCUCUCUUGGGCCGCAUCUGGGCCACCAGUGGAAUGGCGACAUCCUACUCUCCGAGGGAGUUCAAGACGCAACUCCAACGCUUCGCUCCUCAAUUCAGCGGCUAUCAGCAACACGACUCGCAGGAGCUGGUAGCUUUCCUCUUAGAUGGAUUGCAUGAAGACUUGAACCGCGUCAUCAAGAAGCCAUACGUCGAAAAGCCAGACUGGGAGGGUGGAGGAAAUGUUGAACUGAUCAAGUUGGCGAGGAAGUCUUGGGAAGGUUAUAUGCUGCGAAACGAUAGUGUGAUUGUGGAUCUCUUCCAAGGUCAAUAUCAGAGUACCCUGGUUUGUCCCGAAUGUAAGAAGGUCUCCAUCACCUUCGAUCCCUUCAUGUACUUGACUUUGCCACUCCCGGUGACGAAAAAAUGGAGACAUACAAUCUUUUAUGUUCCAUGGGAUCUAGACAAGCCACACGUUAAGGUUCCUGUGGAAAUUAGCAGGGAUGCCUCCUUCAAGGAAUUACGUGUCCUGCUUGGGCGAUGGAUGGAAGCCAAUCCAGAGAAUGUUCUGACGAUGGAGAUAUUUAGCCAUCGCUUCUACAAGAACCUGGACGACGGUGUUCUUGUGGGGGAUAUGACCGACAGUGAUACUAUUGUAUGCUUCGAACUUCCUUGCAAGGCGCGACAGAACAAGGCGUACAAGAAGCAAGCGGACGACCCAUUCCUUAUUCCAGUCUAUCUCUGUGACGCAAAGACUCGGUCCUCAUACUUCAGUGCUCGAUCUCCGCAAUUGUUCGGAUAUCCUAUGGUCAUCCCGAUCAAUCAUGAACAAGCAACGGAUGUGGCAGCCAUGUAUGAAGUUGUCGUCAAUCGGCUCUCUCGGUGGACCUCCAAUGCAAGAGAUCUAUAUGCCUGGGAAGUAGGCAGCACCUCGCGUGUUGAAAAGAUCCCACUUCAGAAUGGUUUCCCUGUUGUCGACACCCUUACGGAAAUCACUGAGGACGGAAAGGUUGUCGAAGUCGAGCCAUUGGUGCCAGAAGGAGAUAUCGUCGAUGAGAAGCGUAUGUCUAUCGACGAGGAAGAGGUGAUCGACCCGUUGGACACGGAGCUGCGUAGGGUUGGCGCGAAGCAAGACGUCUUCAGCCUCCGUCUCCAAAUCAAUCACAAGGACCUGGGAACAGCCUACAAUGUGUAUUCCUCCACUAACCGAUGGGAAUCCUGGGAAAACCGACGGGACGAAGUGGAGGGAGAUGGUAUCCUUCUCCGUGAUGAUGACGCAUUUUACUGCGAAUUUGAUGAAGACAAGAAGAUGUACUACUUUGGAGAUUCACGUCGGCUAGAGACCGCACUCUGGGACCAAUGGGACACGUUCACACAUCCGGAGUACGAGGUGUCGAAGAAGGCUGGUGCUGAAAAGCGUAGCAAGGGCAUCUCUCUGCAGGACUGCCUCGACGAGUUCACAAAGAUGGAGCAGCUUGGCGAGGACGAUCUAUGGUAUUGUCCGCAGUGUAAGAAGCAUCAACAAGCGACAAAGAAGUUCGACCUCUGGAAGGUGCCCGACAUUUUAGUCGUUCAUCUGAAGCGGUUCAGCAACAAUCGGACGUUGCGCGAUAAGAUCGAUACGCACAUUGACUUUCCAAUUGAGGGCCUUGACCUUGAAAGCAUGGUUGGAGAGCGGCAGAUUGCCAAACAGCUGCUCAAACAAGGCGUCAAUCUUGAAGAGUUUGGCCUCGAGAACCUUGAUGAACCCCUUGUAUACGACUUGUACGCUGUCGACGAACAUAUUGGAGGGCUGGGAGGUGGCCAUUAUCGCGCCUACGCUUCCAACCACUUGACGGGGAAAUGGUACCACUUCGACGACUCUUAUGUCAGUCAAGCCCGUGCCUCAGAGUCUGUGGAUGCCAAUGCAUAUCUUCUAUUCUACCGCCGUCGAGCUACCACCCCACUUGGUGGGAAGUCCUUUCAGAAGAUCCAAGAGGCGAAGUUAGCUCCCAGUCAGGAUGCCGAUCCUAAAGCACUGGUCUCUAUUGAUACACAACUUCCAACACCUCCUAACGAACCCAAUGAUUAUGCGCAUAAUGAUAGAUCGACGUUUUUACCAGGAUAUUCCUCCGGCAGCAGAACUUUAGAUACCGACCCAUGGACUUUGCGAUCCGGCGGCUCAAACGGAGAUUCCUCCGUUCCUUCCCCUCCUACGGACGAUCCCCCAGACUUUGAGGAUUACCAACCCGAGUCGUCCCUCUAAC